AUGUCAAAAAGAAAAAGCGUUUAUCGUGAACAGUUUUCAACUGACUUUCCAGGGAUUAAAAACAGUAAAAAAGGUGAAAAUUAUGCCUUUUGCGAAUAUUGUUCAACUGAUGUUAGUAUUGCGAACGCAGGCGUUUCAUCUAUUAAACAACAUUUUGAAAAAGAAGUUCACAAAAACAACGUGAAAAUUAAAAAGUCUACUGUCGGAAUAUCAACAUUUUUUCAUAGUAAUAAUUUGCCCACAUCUAGAAAAACUGCUGCAGCAGAAGGAGCAUUUGCAUAUCAUGUCGCUUUUCACUCGUUAUCGUUUAAAGCUGCAGAUUGUACAAAUCGUUUAAUUUCAACUGUUUUCGCUGAAUCGGAAACUGGUCGGAAAUUUUCAUCUGCUCAAACAAAAACGCAGACAAUCAUUUCAAGAAUAUUGGCUCCGAAAUCAACUGAGAAUCUUUUGUCUGAAUUGGGCAGCGAGCCGUUUUCUAUUGCAACCGACUCGUCAAAUUUUAAAGAAAUCAAAACAUUCCCUAUCAUUAUUCGGUAUUUUUCGCAUGAAGGAUUGAAAGUUGAAUUGUUAGAGUUUUCAAAUUUGCCAGAAGAAACGAUGCAGAAAAAUUUUUUUGGUGCCAUGACUCAAUCAAAGUUGCAAUCAUUAGAGGAUUCUAAUUUGGCUAAUCGCAUAGAAAAGGAGUUUUCAACAUUUUAUUCGACAUCUGUUGAUUACAUUCAGAAGUGGUUCAGAAUUACUGAUUAUCCGUCUUCUUCUAAGUGGUUAAUGCUGAAAUCUGUCGAUACAAUUUCGUAUGAGGAUAUUCGAAAAUCUGCAGAGUUUCUAAUGCCAGAAAUUUCUGUGAAAGAUUCUCUGUUUGAUGAAACGAGUCUUCUAAUUUCACUGUUGAAAGAUUCAAAAGAAAGUUUCCACGAAUUGCCCAUUGAUAUAAAAUGGGCUGUUCUGUUUCAAAACGAACUGUUUUUAGAUUUGAAGAAAUUGGUAUACACAAUUUUUGCCAUUCCUACCUCGAAUGCUGCUGUUGAGCGAAUUUUUUCAUUAUGUAAAAAACAAUGGACUGAGGAUAGAAACUGCCUAAAAAUUGAUACUGUUAAAAGUUUACUACAGGCCAGGGUUGUGCGAAAGCCGACCGACCGACUGACUGACAGGCCCAGUGAAAACAGGCCCUUGGUCGUGCGAAAGCCGAUCAGACUCGAUGGCCAAGUGAAAACAGGCCAGGGUUGUGCGAAAGCCGACCGACUGACAGACAGGCCCAGUGAAAACAGGCCUUGGAUUCUGUGA